AUGGCUAGACCUUCAUCCUCUUCCUCCGUUAUCAGCUUCCUUCGCCAAAACCCUAACUCUAGAAUUCGGAAUCUGGGCGUGGUGAGUGGGAAUCAAUAUGGCGAUGUUGAAGGAGCCCACCAACAUACGCAGCAGCAACAACACUUGGAGGAGAUCGUGAAGAGAGUUUCGGAUAUUACGCGAACCAGGCCCAGAUGGGAGCAAACCCUUCUCUCUGAUUUUCCCUCUUUCAAUUUCUUAGACCCCACUUUUCUGUCCCAUUUUGUCGAGCAUCAGAAGAAUGCUCUUAUUUCUCUCCGUUUCUUUCACUGGCUCAGCUCUCAGUCCGGCUUUUCGCCUGAUUCUUCUUCUUGUAAUGUGCUGUUUGAUGCUCUUGUUGAAGCUGGUGCUUGCAAUGCUGCGAAGUCGUUUCUCGAUUCUACCAAUUUUAACCCCAAACCGGCUUCUCUGGAGGCUUAUAUUCGAUGCCUUUGUAAAGGUGGAUUAGUGGAGGAAGCAAUCAGUGUGUUUGGCCAGCUGAAGGGAAUUGGAGUUUGUGCCUCGAUAGCGACGUGGAAUUCGGUUUUGAGGGGUUCGGUCAGGGCUGGCCGGAUUGAUUUUGUUUGGGAGUUGUAUGGGGAGAUGGUAGAGUCUAGUGUUGUAGCGGAUGUGCACACUGUUGGGUAUCUGGUUCAAGCUUUUUGUGAUGAAAAUAGGAUUUCAGAUGGUCAUAACCUUCUUCGGCGAGUUUUGGAAGAUGGGGUAGUGCCUAGAAAUGCUGCUUUCAACAAAUUGAUAUCAGGAUUUUGCAAGGAUAAAGCUUAUGGUAGAGUGAGUGAUCUGCUUCAUAGUAUGAUUGCCAGGAACCGGGCACCUGAUAUUUUUACUUAUCAGGAAGUAGUCAAUGGCCUUUGCAAGGGAGGAAAGGGGCCUGAAGGUUUUCGGGUUUUCAAAGAUCUCAAGGAUAGAGGGUAUGCUCCUGACAGGGUGAUGUAUACGACAAUGAUUCAUGGUCUUUGCCGAAUGAAAUGGCUUGGGGAUGCUAGGAAGCUGUGGUUUGAGAUGAUUCAGAAGGGAUUUCUUCCGAAUGAGUACACUUAUAAUGCUAUGAUUCACGGCUAUUUUAAAAUUGGCAAUCUUGAAGAAGCUUGGAAGAUGUACAGAGAAAUGUGUGAUAAAGGUUAUGGAGAGAAAACAGUGAGUUACAAUGUGAUGAUUAAAGGGUUGUGUUCACAUGGAAAGAUAAAAGAAGCUCAUGACUUGUUUGAAGAAAUGUCCCAUAAGGGUAUUCUACGCAAUCACAUCACAUACAAUGCUCUAGUUAGGGGAUUUUGCAAGGAAGGGAAGAUAGUUGAAGGUGCAAACCUUCUUUAUGAACUUCUGGAUCAGGGAAUACAGCCGUCAGCUGCCUCUUAUGCCCCACUUAUUGAUAAACUUUGCCAGGAAGGAGACAUGCAGAAUGCAAAAAUUUUGUGGGAUGAUAUGCAAAAUAGGGGUAUGGAACCGGCUGUGUGUACUCAUGAUUUUAUGAUAACUGGAUUCUGCAAGCAAGGAUGUGCUAUGGAAGGGAUGGAAUGGUUGACCACCAUGCUGAGGAGUAAGCUCAGACCACAAAAGAAGUCUUUUGAGAGUCUGAUUCAAUGCCUUUCACAAAUAGAUAGGUUGGAUGAUGCUUUACUUGUUUUAGAUUCCAUGUUAAAAAUAGGUUUCAGACUCAGCAUAAGUAUCUGCAAUUCUUUGGUUACCAAACUUUGCGAAAAGAAUUCCCUUCCUGUUGAGACAUAUCUAGGAAAGAUCCUGGAAAGAAAUUGA